GCUGGAGUAUGUUUAGAAUAGAUACACAGGUAUCAUUGUCGUCUAACAACACAACAUGCACAUACAUGUGCGCGCUCUUGACACCUGUUAACUCUCGUUCCGCGGGCUUUUGAUAUGUGCCAUUGUUGUGACUCGCACUACGUGGACUACCUCAAAACUCUGACGCCAGGUCGCCAUGGAAACUGCUUUAAGCUCCGGGCUCUGAGAGAGCAGAAGGUGUGGGAUAUUUAAGAGUUUCAGAACCACGAUCUGCCUGAACAGCGACCGCGCUCCUGCAGCUCUCCCCAGCUUUGGAAUUCAGCCUAAUGAACCAUAAACGACUGACUCGAUGACAAAAUCACUGUCGGAUUAACCCUGGAAAUCAACAUUGACGUGCCGCUACUCUAACGUUUCUGCACAUCGAGUGAUCUAGUGAACCUGAUAGAGAUGGAAGAUGACCGCCGGUUUCACAAACUGACACAAGAGCAGGUGGAGACUUUGGACCAAGUUCUUACAGAGGUCAUUCCCAUUCAUGGCAGGGGCAAUUUUCCAACCCUUGAAAUUAAGCCUAAAGACAUAAUCCAUGUGGUCAGAGACAGACUGAUUUUGAAGAAAAUCAAGGUGAGAGAUGUCCGUCUCAAUGGCUCUACAGCCAGUCAUGUGCUGGUCAAAGAGAAUGGCACCAGCUAUAAAGACUUGGAUAUCAUCUUUGGUGUGGAGCUUCCCAAACCAGAGGACUUCCAGAUUAUCAAGGAGGUGGUUUUGAGCUGUCUGCUGGACUUUCUACCUAAAGGAGUCAACAAAGAUAAAAUCACAGCUCUCACCAUGAAAGAGGCAUAUGUACAAAAAAUGGUCAAGGUGUUCACUGAGCAUGAUCGUUGGAGCCUUAUCUCCCUCUCAAAUAACAGCGGGAAGAAUGUAGAGCUCAAGUUUGUCAGCUCUCUACGACGACAGUUUGAAUUCAGUGUGGACUCCUUCCAGAUUAUCCUGGACAGCAUGCUACAAUCUUACUUGGAUGCUGAAAGGCAGAAGGUUGUAGAAGGGCAAGAGGGCCAGGGUUCUUCUUCAGCUCAAACAAAAGAGAUUCAGUCAGCCCUAAUGGAUGAACCAUUCCUCAGCUCUUGUGACACAGGACAUCACCAGGAAAGUGACACUGACGUAUGCUGCAAAACUGAUGAUAUGCAGACUUUCUCUGACUCUCAGUGUUAUUGUAAAAUCAGUCAGAAAGAACAGUCUAAAUAUUCAGAACAAGAACCAACUCUUGAAAUAGACAAAGAUGUUGAAACAGAAAUGGUUGACACUACAACUAUGCCUGUACCUAUGGAGCAAGUAUCAGAGCACCCUGUAAUGGUGCAUGUGGAGGAAAAGAAUGAACCUCAUGAAAAUGUGUCUUUGCAUACAGAGACGCUGCUAGAGGUAAAUUCAGAUGAAACAGGUAUUGACUCAGGAGGGGAAAAUGAACUGGUAGUGCUAAAAACCAUGUCUGUUAAGCAAACAAAUCCCCCAGUUAAAACAUAUAUUAGUGAAAUAGAUUCUGACAUGUUAGACAUAGAGGCAGUUAAUUCCAAACCAUGGCUAGAAAUGGUACAUACUGACUUCUCUUGUCUUUCAACAAAAGGGACCUUUGGUGAGCGAUGCACAUUCCAACCUGCUCCCAUUACAUUUCUUACACAAGCAGCACUAGAAUCAUAUGCUGAGUAUCCUCUGCCACCCCCUGCCAAGAAAAACAGCCAAAAUUCACAAAUGGUUGUUCUCAAGCAUUCCUCACCCAAACCUCCUCGUAAAAUGUCCAAAAAGACAACUCCUGUGCCAUGUUCACCAGAAAAAUCAGUUUCAAAUAAUUUGGAUGUUAAUACUUGUCAGGUUUUGCAUCCACCUAAAGCUUACCCAAACGAAUCAUUACCUAUGCAGGUUAAAUUGUCAGGUCUUACUACAAAAAGCUUUGAAUUAUCCAGUGCCUCAGAAAAAAACUCUAAAGAGUCAAAAGAACUAGCCACUUGUACUGGAGCUUUUACUGUUGCUGCUCCAGAGAGUAGUAUGCAUUCAGAAGAGACACUGUACAUGAGUCUAUUACCAGAGGAAAGCCUUCAAAGUCCAGCGCAAAGCUCAGAACCAGAAACUGGUGAAGCUACACAUGUCAAUAUUGUCAUCCCUACAUCCAAUCCCAGUAAUCUCCCCAAAGAUCAAAACAGGAUAAACCAGCCUUUUAACAAAAGCAUUCAGACAGCACAGUGUCAGGCAGUGGUACCUCUCAUUAAUGUGAAUUCUGAGCCUUUACUUCAGGCAAAUGACAAUUAUCACCUCAACUCAGCCUCUCCCAAAAAGGAAGACACCGAGACUUGUGCCCAAGAGGAUGACCCCACAUCACCAAAAUAUUUUACUCCACCCUCAGACACUAAGUCAGUCACUAAGGCAACAAUUUCUGCCUCUCAAAUAUUGAAACCACUGUCUGCAGACCAUACUAUUGAUUCACAAGUGGUAGAGACCGAUUCUUCGUGCUCUGAACAUGUUAUAUCACCUCAAAUUCACAACUACCCUGUGUCCACUCUGCAGACUCAGGAACUUCUUGUGGCAAGUCCACAGACUAAAGAACCUCCAGAACUAUUAUCAUGUGUAUUAGAACCACUUAUCUCUUUACCAGAGGUUCAAAGCCUCACUGUAUCAGCACCACAUUUUUCAAAGUCACUAGAACCUUCCAUAUCCUCAACAGCAACAGAGACUCCUAGAAUCUCAGAACCUCUUUUAGAACCAUCAGUUAUAUCUCUGCAUGUUAUAGAGCCCUCUAAAGUAUUCUUUGAAGUUCUAGAAUCCUCUAAUGUACUUUCACAGGUUUUGAAACCCUCAGCAGUAUCAAUGUCACAUACAUUAGAAACGUCUGUGUCCUCAGUAAGUGAGUCGGUGGUUUCCAAGAUACCAGAUCCAUCAGCUUCAGAUGUUAACAAGCCCAUAAUCCCUUCCAAAGAGCUGCCUUGUAUUACAGUGAUGGCUGAGAGCAUGUAUGGUGACUUUGAGCAGGCUAUGGAUCACCUACGUUACCGGCUAAUAGCAACACGCAACCCUGAAGAGAUCAGGGGUGGAGGCCUGCUUAAAUACAGUAAUCUUCUUGUCCGGGACUUUAAACCUGCCUGUGAAACUGAAAUUAAGACACUUGAGCGCUACAUGUGUUCACGUUUUUUUAUUGACUUCCCUGAUGUGAACGAGCAGCAGCGCAAGAUUGAAUCAUAUCUGCGCAACCAUUUUAUUGGAGAAGAGAAAAGCAAAUAUGAUUACUUGAUGACACUUCGGAGAGUGGUCAAUGAGAGCACUGUGUGCUUGAUGGGGCAUGAGCGCCGUCAGACUCUCAAUAUGAUUACCAUUCUAGCACUCAAAGUCCUAGGUGAGCAGAAUAUCAUUCCUAAUGCCAAUAAUGUUACCUGCUACUACCAGCCUGCACCAUACAUGACAGAACACAACUUCAGUAACUAUUACAUUUCAAAUGGCCAGUCCCCACUUAUAUACCACCCAUACCCACUACACAUACACAUGCAGACUGGACUAGUUUAGGCUUAGGUAUGUAACAUAGUAAGACACACAGGGAAAUCCUUGAGUCAUGCAACCUAAAAUUUCCACCACAAACGAUCUACCCUUGAACUUGGGUCCCAACACUUAACUGAAAAAAAAAAAAAAAAACAGUUUGAGUACCUAAGUGUUGGACAAUUAAGAACUGAUGAUGGUAUUGACUAUCAGUGAGAAUUAUACAUAAAAACAUUGGAGCCAUUGCACUAGCAAUAUGAAGGUUAAAACAUGUCACAUGCAUUUCAUUGAAAAUGACAAUGACAAGAUAAAUGGUUUAAAAACAGGAAGACAGAAAAGACGGCAAUAUAUAGUGACUAUAAAAAAAAAAUUAGAAGAAAAAAAAAAUUGACUAGGCCUGCUCUUCUCUUAUCAGAGGUAGCUAAAAAGUCUUGUUUUAACACAGAAACAAACAAAAAACACUGUAAAAGACAAAUGCGUUUGAUAGAAAACUAUUUUCAGUAAUUUAAUGCUUUAUUGGCAUGAAAAAAAGUGCAAGAGAAAUAAUCAGCAUGCAGUCAAUUUAUUACAUCGUAAAGUACUUUUGUUGUCUGAAACAAUUAAACUAAUUGAUCCUGCUAAGACCAAUGUUUCAUUCUUUUUUUCUGAUUUCUGUUUAUAUUAAGUAUUUUAUAUGUUGUGAUAUUUCUUCGUACAUCUACUGGAUGUCUGCUUUUUCAUUUAUCAUAUAUGCUUAUUAGUAGAUUACGAAUGAUGUAUUCCAGGGGUGUCCGGUCCUGCUCCCGGGGGCCACUUUCCUGCAGCAUUUAGCUCCAGCACACCUGCUUGGAAGCUUCCAGUGAUCCUAAAGACUUUGAUUAAAGUUUCAGUUGUGCUUAAUUAGACUAGAGCUAAACUCUCCUGGAAGGUGGCCCUCCAGGAGUAAGAUUGAAAACUCCUAUGUAUUCAAUAUUUCACCAGGAUUGUAUGUCUUCAGAAUUUAAAAAAGUGCUCCAUUCCUCCACAUUACUCUGCAUUACUAUGACUAAAUGAGAAUUUUUCAGGAAAAAAAGUUUCUCUGACCAAUGUCUGCAUUUCAUCUUUUCUAAUGUUUGCAGUGCAGUGAUCUUCACAAUUUUUGUUUGUUUGUUUGACCAAAAUAUAAAAUAUGAUUUGGAAUUAACUGAAUUGAUGAAAAAAAAAAAAAAAAUGAAAAAAAAGCUUGCUGGUGUCUUUUGUGUAUCUAUGGCACACAAUGUUGAUUUUACAUGGGAGUAACAAGCAGUCUUCUUUAUUUUUCUUUCCUAUAUAAUGUAAAUGUAGCCUCAAAAGAAUCCAUGCGAGGACAUUAAAUGAUGUUAUGUAAUAUUUCUUUGUAUUUAACAGAACCAUCAGUGGUGCUUAAGACUUAAAUACAUUUCCACUCUUUUUUACAUCUUUGUGACAAAAAUGGAUAUAUUUUUCCAAGAAUUUAUGUGUAGUACUGUAUUAGAGCAUACAUGAAAGAUUGCACCAGCCAUACACACAGUAUACACAAAUACACAGAUAAACAGAAACAGAAACUAUAAAGUCAGGACCAAAAGUAUAAAAGUGUAUAUUGUGGAGCAUCAAUAUGACAUGAAAACUACUAAACUAUUGUCUUCAGUUGAGUGAUUAUUAUAGCAAAAUUUAUUAAAGAGAUUUGCCUAAGUAAUUCAUUUUUUCAGAAGCAAGAAAAAAUAUAAACAACUUGUAUGACAUGUUGGCUUUACUGACGUUGUAUAAAGAAAUGUUAUUUUUUAGGUUAAAUUGAAAAUAUAGUAAAAAGUGUUAGCAAACAUUUGACCUUGACCUUAUAAUGCAGAAGUUUAGUAGAUCUUACAGAGAUCUCAUCACUGGUAUAGCUAUUCACACUUGUGGAGUUACUUUUUCUUGUGCAGACCUACAGUUUUGUAAAGUAUUGGCUUAACUGUAUGACAAUUUUUAGUCUAGCAUUCUGUUUUACCUUUAUGUAAUUGUCUACCUAUGAAAUGCAGCCAAAACCAGUAGUAACACUGUGGUUAGAAAUAGAUUUAGAAAUUGUUUACCAAGAUGAUGUACACCCAUCAUGAAGUCCUUAAAACCGUUUAUAUGACCAAAAUUAUUUUUGCAGAAAAACAUUAGUGCCUAAAUGUGCGGGAGAAAGCUGUAAUGCAGGUGACACUCCUGUAAAUGCAGCCGUCACUUUUUUAAUAUUAUUAUUUUCAGGUGUACAUUUUCUUCUUUUUUCUCAUGCUAUUUGUGUUGAUGUCAAAUGUAGUUCUUUGCUGUGGGUAGUUUUUGUUCAUGUAAUAAAAAGAAUCCAAAAAUUAUAGAUUCACUUCAUCACAAA